ACUCCUCAUUCUGAACCUACACAACUCAGAGAAGAACACACACCUGAGGACAGUCAGGAAAAAUGGGUGAAGAACUUUUCAGACCGGAAUCUCACUGAACCUCAAAAGAAAUUAUUAGCCAAAGGACUCAAUUUUGCCAUUUCUCCGCAACAGUUGCCCAUAGUGGACCUCAUCACAGCCACAGAAUCUGCCAUACGGAUUAAUAAAUUAUCACAGACAGAAGCAGAGCAAAUCAGGAUGAAAGUCUCAGCCACGCUCUCCAGUGCCAAAGUCCCUCCAUCUAACCUCACAAUACAAGAAAAGAAGGCCGUUGCUUCCCCGAUCAAAGACCACAAAAUCAUUAUACUACCAGCUGAUAAGGGAAGGUGCACCGUGGUCCUAAACACAACGGAUUACCACACAAAGAUCACUACUCUCCUCAGUGACAACAACACCUACGAAGCUUUAAAGCAAGACCCCACAAGCAGCUACAAAAAGAAAGUUAUAGCUUGCCUUCAGGACCUUGAAAGGGACAAAAUCAUUGACCGCCUCACAUAUCACCGCCUUUACCCAGGGGAUGCCAUACCCUGCAUUUACAGAUUUCCUAAGAUCCAUAAAGAAGGUGUCCCACUCAGACCUAUUGUCAGUAGCAUCAACUCAGCCACUUACAACAUUUCGAAACACCCUACUACCAUCCUUGCACCUCUUGUGGGGAACACCCCACAUCACAUCAAGAGCGCCACCGACUUCACCGACAAGUUAGUUUUAGAGUAG